AUGUCGCUCCAUAAGAUUGUUAUAUUAGUAUUGUGCUACUCAUCAAUAUCCAAGUGCAUUGAGGAAAAUGAAACAGCAAAAAUUACGGGCCCCAAAGAUAUCGGUCGUCAGGAGGCAAUAACUCUAUACCGAAACAAAGGUUCGGGUAUUGAUCUUAGUAACAUUCAUAAUCCUUUGUUGACAAACAUCACAGCCGAAAAGGUUUUGGGCGUGGCACCCAUGUCUAAUGAAACAAUACCAUGGAAUAAUAUCAAACGUUUGAUCGUACCACAAGAUAACGUGAAAGCUUCAAAUUUAAUUGAAAAUAAUAAUGCUGAAUUGAAAGAAGACGCAAAGAAAUCAAAACGCGACGUAUCAAAACAGCCUGUGCAAAUAGAAAGGGGAGCAGCGGUGAUUCCUUCGGAGGCUGGAGUUCAUUCCAUUGGACUGCCGCCCUUGAUAGCUUUUAAUAAAAAUCUUUCCAAAAUCCCAGUACCUAUUCCUAACAUGUCAGUCGUUAGUUACGCCAAAGUCAAUACUUUGGUACAUUCUCCAUAA